UUAGUUUCCAAUUUAAUGUUUUAUAAAGUUAUGUCAUAGUUCAGUAAAUAUAAAUACAUAAUGGAACUCUCCUUGAAUUUUGAACAACUUCAACUAAAAUCUGAGUAUUUACACACUAAUUCAAAACAUACACACUUUCAUAAGGAUAGUAAAAAUGAAUUGUUUGUUUCAUGGGACGAUUGUGUCGCGGUUUUAUACCCAUUAGAUAGUUUAUCUGAAGCUAGUAUUUGGAAUCUAAUUGAACCAGUGAUUGUGCCAAUAAGUAAUCCAAUAAUAUCAAUACUAACUUUUAACUCAGAAAUGUAUUGUAUUGAUAAAAUYGGAUCUAUAUAUUAUCUAAAACAAGCGCAACGAGAUUCUCCAGACUUAUUUGAUUGUUCCUUGUCUGCUCAAGUUACUCAACAGCCAAUGUCCUGUAAUUAUGAGUGGAAACCCUGCUAUUCUCAAAAAUGUCCAUGUGAAAUAUUUGGAGCGACUUGUUAUUCAGAUGGAAUUGCUGUAAUCAUAGCACUUGAAGAAUGGAUAAUAAUACAGAUGUUAAAAAUUACUAUAAAUGAUAAUAAUGAACCAAUUAUAUUGAAUACCUGUAACAAACAAAUUAGAUCACAGAAAUUGUUUCCAUUUGUAGUUACUUCUUUUAUAUCUUGUACUUGGAGGAAUUGGUUCAGUAGCCAACGGGCUAUAGAACUCUUCGGAUCAAAUGUAAUUGACAGUCCUGAUAUCUUUAUAAUAGCAACAGAAGAGUCAAAAGUAUACUGUACAACAUCAAAUGUGACCAGUAAAAAUGUAUCAUUGUUUUUAAAUAGUCCACAAAAAAUUGUGCAUAUUCAAUUUUGUGAUUUUGAACCUAAAAAAUUGCUGUUAGUGUCAUCUAAUGGAAUACUUAUAAUCAUACACUGUGUAGAAAAUAUUCAUCCAUCAUUCAUUUACCUGGCUGUUACAAAAACGAUUGCUACAUUUAUUAUUGGCCAUACUGUGAUCUUAAGUGAUAGUGUCAAUUUAUUUCAAAUUACAAUGGAUAAACAAUUUUCUAAAAUAGCCAAACAAGUUGUAACUAAGUUGAAAGGAGUUAUAUCAUUAUGCAAAUUUCACUCCAAUUUAAUUAUUGCAAUGACUCGAUUAAAUAAAGUGUAUAAACUAUCUUCUAAACUGGAAGCUAUCACCCAGGAAGAAGAACUAAAGUUUAAAUUUAAUGAAAAAUCAAUUUUAGAAAAUAUCAAAACUCUUUGUAAAAAUAUAGAGUCCUUAGAAGAGCAACAUGAAAAUAUGAAUAAAUACAUAAAUGCAGUGUCUAUUGUUGCUCGCAAAGAUCUUGUUGCUCAAUUUUGUUCAUUAAACAUUUUAAUCUAUUCAGGUUGUAUUGUUAAUUCAAUUUUAUACGAGGUUUCAACAAAUUAUAAAAAAUGUUUAAAUGUAGGUUCUAAAGCUGUGAAGUUAGGAGGUUGCCAAGAUGAAUAUAUUUUUGCAAUCAAACUUUCCAUAGACUGUGAAUGGUUAUCAUUUCCGUCUUCAAUUUGGCAAMUUUUGGUUCGUAUUACCGACAAUAACAAUUUGUCUUCAAAUUGUGGCCUACAUUCUUUUGACGUUGAUGCAUUUAACAAAAAUCAUCCAUUAAUGGUGAAACACCGGUUAUUAGCUAUAAUUGCUGAAAAUUGUACAUCUGGUCUAGUACACUGUGAAUUGGUGUGUCAAGUACAAAAUGAUUUAAUUAAUCAGUGUUUGAUUAUUCCGUUGAAUCCAAUCAAAUUGAAUUCGUUAUAUUUUGUCAAAGCUGAAAAACGAGAAAAAAUAUUGGUGAUAAAUCCUUUAGAAGAUAGACAUAAGAGUGUUUUUAAAUUUCCAGAAAACAUAUCUUUAGUAGAUUACUUAACUGUUAUUACAAACAGAAAUAAACAUAGAAUAUCAAAAUCAUUUUAUAAAAAUAUUAUUGAUAAUAUACCAAAAACAUUAUAUUUGAAUUAUUUUGGUAAAAUAAUCUCAAUGGUUUUGGAUGACAAAAUUACAAAAACAAUAAUCCUGGAGUGUCUAGAUCAAGAUGCUUUGAUUGCAGUUCGUAAUGGAAUUUUUAGUGAACUUUCAAAUGACCAACCAGCAAUUAUAAAAUUGUCAGUUCUUGCUGACAUACAAAAACAACUUUGUUUACUCGAAGAAUUAUCAAUUAAAGAUCGUCAGAACAAACAUAUUGUAAAAGAAAUUAAAACUAAUAUUCAAAAUCAAAUUAGUGUUCAUCUACCUGUGUAAUUAGGAUUUUAUUUAGUUAAAUAUUAAAAAUGCAAUUUUACUUUUCAAUAAGCUUACAAAAAUAAAUAUUCUGUUAAAUUAUU